AUGAAUGACUUCGUGCAUGAGGAUAUCGAAUUGAAACGCCGGGCGUGGGUCAUGCACUUCUCAGACAGGCGAACCAACAACAAAUUUAAGUUCGCCAAAAGGGGGAGUAGAAAAUACUUAACGACGUGGGUCAAGCAAAAAGACCAAACGGGUUUAUUCGAAAGAUGGGUGAAGAAGACACAGCUAAAUGAGAAGUACAAAGCGGACGAUGAACAGUUCAAAAGGCAAAGUGAUAAGGCAAAACUGGAGAGAGAGGACCCCAAUAUCGGCUCCCAAACGAACUGGACGAGGAGGAGCACCAGGAUAACUUUACACAAUAUUCUGGACAAGGAGACCUACAAAAGAUGCUAUGUUGAUCCGCCGAGCGAUUUUUCCCUGCAGGAGGACGAGGAAGAAGAGACAGAGGAGAAAAACGCAAGCGAAACAAACCCUAAGUGA